GCUGUUAACCUGGAGCUCUUGCCCACAGCUCUGGAGUGUCUCCAGCUUGGCAAGAGAGCCAGGCUGGGGCAGAGAUGGAGAUGGAGAGGUACUUGUGGGAGAGCUCGGAGGUGCCCCCAAAUAUAACAAACUGCACUGACGGGCCACCAGGGGCUGUUUUUCAUGUUCCCACGGUGACCGAGAGGAUUGUGGUGGUGGUCCUUCUUGGGGUCUUGACCCUGCUCACGGCGCUGGUAAACAUGGCGGUGAUCGCAGCCAUCUGCACCACCAAGAAGCUCCACCUGCCAGCUAACUACCUCAUCUGCUCGCUGGCCGUCACUGACUUCCUGGUGGCCAUCUUGGUGAUGCCCAUCAGCGCGGUGUACAUCACCCUGCAGACCUGGUCUCUGGGGCAGGCAGUGUGCGAAGUGUGGCUGAGCGUGGACAUGACCUGCUGCACCUCCUCCAUCUUACACUUGUGUGUCAUUGCACUGGACCGCUUCUGGGCCAUCACCAAGGCCAUCGAGUACACCCGCAAGAGGACCGCCCGGCGGGCUGCGGUGAUGGUGGCUGUGGUGUGGGUCAUCGCUAUCUUCAUCUCACUGCCCCCUCUUUUUUGGAGGCACCGCCACAAAUCCACGGUGGCCAGCCAGUGCAUCAUUGAGCACGACCAUGUGGGCUACACCAUCUACUCCACCCUCGGAGCCUUCUACAUCCCCAUGACUCUGAUCCUCAUCCUGUAUUACAGGAUCUACAGUGCGGCUAGGACGCUCUACCAGAAGCGGGGGUCUUCUCGGCACCUCAGCGGCCGCAGCACGGACAGCCAACACUCACUGAAUCACUGCCGCGUAGUGCACACGUUCUGCGUGUCCGACCUUUCCACCUCAGACCCCACUAUGGAGUUUGACCGAUUCAAGGUCGCCAUCCGCAUACCGGCCUUCGAGACGGACCUCGACGGGGCCGACGAGAGGAACCACAUCUGCACCCUGCGAGAGAGGAAAGCUGCUCGGAUUUUGGGGCUCAUUCUGGGGGCCUUCAUUCUCUGCUGGCUCCCCUUCUUCGUGAAGGAGGUCCUAGUGGGCCUUCAGCUCAUCAACCCUUCCCCGCAGGUGUCCGACUUCCUCACCUGGCUGGGUUACAUCAACUCCCUUAUCAACCCUCUCCUUUACACCAGCUUCAAUGAAGACUUCAAGCUGGCUUUUAAGAAGCUGAUCAGAAGGAAAGGGCACACAUGAAAGAUGUUCAGACUUCUGUAGCUCAUAGAGUAAGGCUAUCAUGACAGGCUCACAUCCCAGGGGGCAGGUGCAGAUCUUUGCAGAGGAAAAUUAUAAUGCCGAUUUUAAAAAGUAUGCCUACGUGGUUCUACAAAUGCACUGAAUGAAAGAAUUUACUUAAAGGUAACAUGGCCUGCACCCUAGAAGACAAUAUAACAUUGUUCUGUGAAAUGAUAUGCUGGACACCAGUGCAUUUGAUACAUUUGAUGACUACAUUUUAUUUAUAUUAAAUUAUUAAAUCUCCUAUUUGUUAUCAAGCUCACUGAUGCAAGAAAAAUAACUGUGUGAAGAGACAGUGUACUACUAAAAUACACAACAACUAUGGAUUACGAAUGCAUUUUUGGCUAAUACCAUGACUAUACGGUAUGAUAUUCAAACAUCUAAAAAGGAGUCUGAAUGACCUUUUAGGUAUGAUGAAUGAGUCCAAUAUCCAGUGACUGGAAGGCAGCCACAGUCUGCCAGACUGGAAACAAUUAAGCACCACAGGGGUGCCCAUUUUCUGAGUGGUUCUGAAGAAGUGGAUUUCAAUUUAUGCAGAACAUGAAUAAAUGAAUGAUUACUGUUAUUUAA